UCGGUCGGCAGGCGUCCUGGCCAAACGCAAACCGCUGGGAGCCGUGGGCGCUGUAAUCACAAUUGCCCUUAUCCUGAUUGCCAUCAGUUCCCGUCUGAGCCUCCUGCCCGUAGUGAUCCUUACGAAUCCGUGGGAGAUAUAUUCCUCGAUCCCAGCCGGGAAUUCCCAAUGGGCACCGACAUCAUCGGGCGAGACGUGCUGAGCCGAGUGCUUUACGGUUCGUGGAUCUCCCUAUACGUGGCCAUUGGCAGCGUACUCAUUGGUAUCUCGGCCGGGUUCGUCCUCGGCAUCGUCAGCACCUACGCCGGCGGCGUGGUCGACCUCGCCAUCCAGCGCCUGAUCGAUGCUCUCAUGUCGAUGCCCGGUUUGAUCCUCGCCCUCGCCAUCAUGGCUAUCCUCGGCCCUUCGUUGAACAACGUCAUCCUCGCCAUCGUAAUCGGGAUGAUCGCGCCGGUCGUUCGCACCGUUCGCUCACAGGUUCUGACGCUCAAGGAAAUGGACUACGUAACGGCGGCCCGGGCAGUGGGCGCCCGUCCCGGGCGCAUCGUCUUCCGCCACAUCAUGCCCAACUGUUUCGCCAUAUACCUCAUCAUGGCCACCUACUACCUGGGCUUCGCCAUCAUAAUUGAGGCAUCCCUCAGCUUCCUGGGCGUGGGAGCCCCUCCCGACGACCCCACCUGUCCCGCGUCAACUAUAUUUGCCGGUCCUGUUGCCUCAUUCAGAAAUGUUACCGAAACUCUAGCACUUGGGGUCCGCCCCAGCCAGUGCUAA